AUGAAUACUAUGACAGUUGUGUUUAUGGUGGCUGAAAAGCCAUCGCUGGCGGAAACUAUUUCUAAGGUUCUUUCAAAAAACACACGUGUCUCCAGAAAGGGUUUCAAUGGAGCUUGCUCAGUUCAUGAAUGGUCUGGAGAAUUCUGCCGAGAACAUGUCCGUUUCAGAAUGACUUCAGUAUGUGGACAUGUCAUGACAUUAGAUUUUCAAAGUAGGUAUAAUAAUUGGGAUACUGUGGAUCCGAUGGAGUUGUUUGUCGCGAAUUUAGAGAAAAAAGAAGCAAAUCCAAAGCUUAAAAUGGUUGAUUUUUUAAGAUACGAAGCAAAAAAUGCAAAUGUCUUAGUAUUAUGGCUGGAUUGUGAUAAAGAAGGAGAAAAUAUAUGUUUUGAAGUCAUAGAUUCUGUGAUCUCAGUCAUGUCUAAACCGACCACUAUCCUGAGAGCCCAUUUUAGUGCGGUUACUGAUUCUGAACUGCAUACCGCAAUGAAGUCAUUGAGAGAGCCUAAUAAAAAUGAAGCUCGGUCCGUAGAUGCACGACAAGAACUUGACCUUCGUAUAGGCUGUGCAUUCACACGAUUCCAAACCAAAUACUUCCAAGUUAGUUAUUUAUAUUAUUUUAUAAUUCAAUAA